UUUCUUUUUUCUCUCUCUCUCUCCUCUUUUCUUCUUCUUUCUAUUCUAAUGUAAUUAUUUAUUUUUUAUUUUUUUUUUAUCUUUCCUUUCCUUUAAAUAAAUAAAAAAUGACAAAUAAUGAGAUGAAUAAAGGAUCUACCUUGGAGCAAAUGAAUCAGAGUACAUCAACUAGUUCUCAAUCAUGUAGAUAUGAUUCAUCUCUUGGGCUAUUAACAAAGAAAUUUAUUGCAUUACUACGUUCUAGUUUACAAGGAGAUUUAGAUUUAAAUCGAGCAGCGACUUUACUCAAUGUACAAAAGAGACGCAUUUAUGAUAUUACAAAUGUACUUGAAGGAAUUCAAUUAAUUGAGAAAUACUCAAAAAAUCAUGUGAGAUGGAUAGGGAAUAAUAUGAAAUCAAAAGAACUUGAGCAAAGAUUGGCCUUUUUAAAGAAUGAGAAUGCAUCCUUGGAAGAAAGAUAUAGACGAUUGAGACAAUUUAAACAACAAGUAGAUGAAGAAACUGAAAGAAUAAUCAAGAAUAAUGCUUCUUAUUGUUAUUUAACACUUGAGGACAUAGCAGGAUUUGAAGUGAUGACAAAGGAACAAGAAUCGCUGGUAGUAGUAAAUGCACCUUAUAAUACAGAUAUUGAAUUACAUUCAACUGAAACUAACAAAAGAAAAAGACCUAAUUGUGAAGAAGAGAAUUAUAUUUUAUCUUCUUCUUUAACAACAAAAUGUUAUAUUCGAGUACCUGAAAAUUCAAAUCACUUUCUUCGUAUAUCUUCAUUGAGACAACAAUCAAAGAAGGAGAAAAAGAAAAAAGCAUAAUUUUUCAUAUAAAGUAAUAAAAUAAAUACAUGCAUAUAAAAAGAAGGAUACGCAUAUAGAGUAAAGAAGAAGAAAGGAUAAUGUAUGUUUUGAUAAUAUGCACGCAUAGAGAGAGAGAGAGAGAGAGGAAAUAUUAGACUGUAAACAUACUCUAUGUUCACUAAAAAAGACAUGUAUUAUCAUGCACUCUUUUACUUUUUAUUAUUAUUAUGUAC